AUGGCGCUCCCUUCUCAAGAAAGAACAACUAUUGGGAGCUUUCUGACCGAUGAAGAAAUCAUCGAGCCUACCUCCGACCGGUAUGCCUCAGCAACGGAUUUCUGGACCGCAUACAAGAAUCCUAAACCGCAACUGGUUCUACGGCCAAAGUCGCUCCCUGCUCUCCAGAAAACUGUUCAGUACCUCUGUGCCUCAGACCUAGAUUUCUCGGUCCGAUCCGGUGGUAAUAAUACAUCCGGUGCGAAGCAUGUUCAGCUGAGUAUGAGUGCUUUCGACAGCUUUGAAUUCGAUCAGGAUAGCGAGACGGUAACUAUCGGUGCUGGCCAGACGUGGGGAGAGGUUGAUAGGAAGGUGGAGGAGGCGGCUCCGGGUUAUACAGUUUUGAGCACUAGGGUGCCCUUCGUUGGGGUUGCAGGUUCACUUCUCCUUGGAGGGAUGUCGUGGUUUUCCGGAGAGCAUGGCCUUUGCUCAGACCCUCAUAACCUUCUUGACGCCCAUGUCGUGCUGCCUGAUGGUAGAAUGCUCUGGGCCUCGACGGAGCCAGAUCUUCUCUGGGCACUUCGUGGUGGAGGUGGGAACUUUGGAGUUGUUUCUGCUUUCAAAGUCAAGGUGCACCGUUGCCCACAAAAGAUUCAUGCGGGAACGAUUGCGUUCCCCAAGACUGCAAUGAAAGCUGUGUCUCAAGGACUGUCCGAUUUCAUGAAACGAUGCACCGAUCCAAAACUUGGGGCACACGUCAUUGUUAUGAACUUCGAUCCGCCUACGGACACGGACGAUGUCCCGCAGCCCGGUAUUGCAAUCAUAAUAUUUGAUUCCCAUGGAGAGGAGCAUGGGAGAAGCGAAUUGGGUUUCAAAUGGGCCUUCGACAUUGAAGGCGCAGUGGAUAUGACUAAGGUGAUGAAUAUCCGCGAGGUGAAUGAGGAGGGAGCCUCGCUUCGAUCGCUAGCGGGUAACACCAUCAUGUUGUCUUCACCACUUGUCGACACUAGUUCAAUUGAUCCCGACUUUGUUGUAAGAAUAGCAGAAUUCUACCAGCAGGCAGUGGAGGCGAACAAGGCUUUGGGGUCUGGUACCUUGGUUGUUCUGGAAGUCUUGGGCAAAGGUGCUUUAACAUCUUCUGGAGGGUCCAACAUGACAGCUUGGCCUCAUACAAAGCCACAACAUGUUCUUCAAUUGGUUGUCGGACAUCCUCCGGGAGCAGACUGUUCCCAGGAGCUAGCUUUGGGCCUGCUAGAAAAAUCCCCCACGCAGAUAUGCCCUUCACAUAAGCCCGGCGAAUAUUGGCCGGCUUUUAUUAAUGAGUCUCAAAAUUUGAACCAGAUCUUCGGGCCCAACUAUGAACGACUCCGGCAUAUCAAAACAAAAUAUGAUCCCAGAGCUUCGCCCCAAACUGGCCAACUCAACAACCACGCUGCAUCUCUCCCCUCCAUCACGAUGUCGAAUCUGGCACCCUCCGCGUUCCGACAGGCACUUCGUGCGUACCCACGACGAUGUGCCUCUAUUCGGCCGGCGGCUCCCCGGACAGCUGCAGCGAGAAGGUGCUAUACAUCCGAAUCAAAGCCAGCCAGGGCCCAAUCCAGUGUGGACUUGGAUGUGGACGUUGCCAUCAAAACUGGACAAAGGCCAUUCGCUGAACAAACCGGUAUCCGGCCACAUAAUGUUACUGUACCGGGCACCGCGGUCGACAGUGAUGCCAUGAUGGGUCCGUCGACUGGUAUUCUGAAGCAAGCUACCGUCUUAGACCAAGGCAGCCGACCCAUAUAUCUCGACAUGCAAGCCACGACGCCUACAGACCCACGUGUGCUUGACGCAAUGCUUCCGUUCCUCACAGGCCUUUACGGGAAUCCGCAUUCGAGAACGCAUGCGUACGGAUGGGAGACCGAAAAGGCUACGGAACAGGCCCGAGAGCAUGUCGCCAAGCUGAUUGGUGCGGAUCCCAAGGAAAUCAUCUUCACUAGCGGCGCGACGGAAAGUAACAAUAUGAGCAUCAAAGGCGUGGCGAAGUUUUUCGGCCGGUCGGGGAAAAAGAAGCAUAUCAUCACCUCACAGACCGAGCACAAGUGCGUGCUGGAUAGCUGUCGACAUCUUCAAGAUGAAGGGUUUGAAGUGACUUACCUCCCCGUGCAGAGCAACGGAUUAAUAGAUUUGAAAGACCUUGAGGCCGAAAUUCGUCCGGAAACGGCGUUGGUCAGUAUCAUGACAGUCAACAAUGAGAUUGGCGUUAUUCAGCCCGUGAAAGAAAUCGGCGCUCUAUGCCGGUCCAAACGGGUGUUCUUCCACACCGAUGCUGCCCAAGCGGUUGGCAAAAUCCCCAUUGACGUCAAUGAAUGGAACGUUGAUCUCCUUUCGAUUUCUGGACACAAGAUCUACGGGCCGAAAGGCAUCGGAGCUUGUUAUGUCAGACGGCGGCCGAGAGUCCGUAUCGACCCCAUCAUUACAGGUGGUGGCCAAGAGAGAGGACUUCGAAGCGGCACUCUGGCUCCUCACCUUGCCGUCGGCAUUGGGGAGGCGUGCCGCAUUGCAAAGGAAGAAAUGGAGUACGAUGCGAAACGCAUCAAAGCCCUAUCCAAACGGCUUCUUGAUGGCCUCCUCUCGAUGGAACAUACGUCCUUAAACGGCGACCCCGAAAAACACUAUCCCGGCUGCGUCAACGUAUCCUUCGCCUACGUCGAGGGUGAGUCCCUCCUGAUGGCCCUCAAGGAUAUCGCACUGUCCUCUGGUAGUGCAUGUACUUCUGCCUCGCUGGAACCCAGCUACGUGCUCCGAGCGCUUGGAAACAGCGACGAGAGCGCACAUAGCAGUAUACGGUUUGGCAUUGGACGGUUCACGACAGAGAGCGAAAUUGACUAUGUGUUGAAGGCGGUGAGAGAGAGAGUGUCGUUCCUGCGGGAGCUUAGCCCGCUGUGGGAGCUAGUACAGGAGGGCGUUGACCUAAAUACCAUCGAAUGGAGUCAACAUUGA